CUUCCAAUUAUCAUGGCUGCUCGCUAUGUGCGCUCGUUCCAAUCACGGGUUGCAGGAUCUCGUGCUUUCGUAAGCAUUAAAACUUCUCCAGCUUCGGUGUUGCGAUUUCAAUAUGAAAGUCGACAAGAGUCUCUUAUGACCACACCAAUGUCGUCCAGAUUAUUUUCUACCAGAGGCGUGGAUGGGGAUGGAGAAAAAAAGCGAGUUGUGUUUCUGGGGACGCCCGAAGUGGCCGCCACAACAUUGCGAAAACUACACGAAGAUAGCGUUGGGAAAUAUGAAAUUGUGUGCGUUAUCACGCAGCCACCGAAGCGAAGAAGACGAAAAGGAAAGGCCGAACCGAGUCCCGUCGGAGCUGUAGCCGAAGAGCUGGGUUUGCCUGUGCUCUGCCCGGAAAAGGCCAACAACAAGGAAUUCUUGGACAGCCUAGAGGAAGAAAUCAAACCCGAUUUGUUUAUCACUGCAGCCUACGGGCAAUAUCUUCCAAAACGAUUCUUGGCCACGCCUUCUCUUGGAACUGUCAAUAUUCACCCAAGCUUGCUCCCUAGAUGGAGGGGUGCCAGUCCUGUGCAACGAUCCCUCGAGGCUGGUGAUAAUCCUGUUGGGGUGACAAUCUUGUAUACAGUCUCGAAAAUGGAUGCCGGCCCAAUCAUUGCUCAAAAAGAAGAAACUAUUGAGGACGAGAACAGCGAGGAUGCGACGGCCACGAAGGUCCUUCCAUUCCUUUUCGAAAAAGGAACCGAUCUUCUGAUCGAAAGUAUGCCGGAUAUCUUAUCGGGCGCAAUGAGUUUCGAGACAGCACGACCGCAGGACGAAGACGACGUGGUUCAAGCAGCGAUGAUUGAUUCGUCCGAAGCCGAAAUGAAGCCGUGGGAAGAAACUGCUUCUAUCUUGCAUAAUCGACUUCGAGGAUUUUCCAUGUGGCCCGGAGCUUUCAUGUAUCUCGAAGUAGGAGAAGGAAGCACUCCCGUGAAAUACAAGAUCCUAGAAACGCGAUUAAUAGAAGGAACUGCAGAAGGUGGCCCAACCGACACCAUAGAGAGGGGUCCUACUAAAAAGGAUGGUCUGCGGCUAGUAUGUUUCGAUGGUUCCGUCUUGGAAAUCAAUAGAUUGCAACCCGCAACGAAGAAACCAGUGGAUGCCCUUUCCUUUCUCAAUGGCCUUCAGGGCAGAACUGUGCGAUAUGUCAAAACGCCAGAAGAUGCAUAGAUGGCUAUAUUGUGCGUACAAUACAACCAUUUGGAGGUU